AUGUCUCGUCGAAAGCAAGCGAAACCCCAGCAUCUCAAAUCGGACGAAGAGCUGCAAGCGGAGGUAGUUUCCGAGCACGCAGUCCCGGGGGAAGGAGCAGACGAUGGUGACAGCGGGAACGAAAGCAGGAGCGGAAGUGAAGAAACCAAUGUUUGUGAGAAGUGCUGUGCGGAGUUCUUCAAGUGGACGGACUUCCUGGAGCACAAGAAGAGCUGCACAAAAAACCCCCUGGUGCUGAUCGUGAAUGAAGAUGAGGCAGCUCCGCCGCCCGCUGAGGAGUUCCCCGAGCCCUCACCUGCUAGCUCUCCCAGUGACCAGGCAGAGAGUGAAGCUGCUGAGGAAGGUGUCCAGCCGGAAAACAGCGAGAGCUCUGAAGUGAAGAGCACGGAAAAGGAAGAAGAGCCAAUGGAGGUAGAAACUGCGGAGAAAAGUUUCCAGAAUCAAGGCACCUCAAACACAGCUACUCCUCUACCUCAGCUCCCUGAACCGUCGCCUAUGACGAGCUAUGCCAUGCCAAACACGAACGUCACACUGGAGACUCUGCUGAGCACUAAAGUGGCGGUCGCACAGUUCUCGCAGAGCGCGCGGUCAGCCGCCUCCGCCAGCAUCAGCAGCGGGGUGACGGCUGUGGCCAUCCCCAUGAUCCUGGAGCAGCUCAUGGCCCUGCAGCAGCAGCAGAUCCACCAGCUGCAGCUGAUUGAGCAGAUCCGCAGCCAGGUGGCCAUGAUGAACCGGCAGCCCCUGCGGCCGGCCCUUAACCCGGUGGUGGCCGCACCAGGAGUGGUGGGGCAAGCCUCAAACCAGCUGCAGGGCUUUGCCACGAGCGCUGCCAUCCAGCUCACCGCCGUCCUUCCUCCUGCCAUCAUGGGACAGGCUGCUGGUGCUCAGCCCCCUGCCUUCGAUGGCUCUCAGCACGUCUCAAGACCUACGUCUGGAGCAAGCACACCCAAUAUAUCCAGCAGUGGCUCCUCUGCCCCUCCAGAAUCUAGCGUACCCUGCUCUUCUAAUGCGAUUACAUCUGUAACACCAGUUUCAGUGUCAAACACGAGUAUCAGUGCUUCGCAGCCCCAGAAUGCUUCAACUCCACCUUCCAUAGGACAUGGAAGCCUCGCCUCGAUUUCUAACCUGCCAAACCCACUUCUACCUCAGACUUCCUCAAAUAGUGUGAUCUUCCCCAAUCCGCUUGUUAGCAUCGCAGCAACAGCUAAUGCACUAGAUCCUCUGUCUGCCCUCAUGAAGCACCGCAAAGGGAAGCCACCAAAUGUGUCAGUGUUCGAGCCCAAGUCAAGCUCCGAGGAUCCCUUUUUUAAACACAAAUGCCGAUUUUGUGCCAAGGUCUUUGGAAGUGACAGUGCUUUACAAAUCCACCUCCGCUCGCAUACAGGGGAAAGGCCUUUUAAAUGCAACAUAUGUGGAAAUCGCUUUUCCACAAAAGGCAACCUGAAAGUUCAUUUUCAGAGGCAUAAAGAGAAAUAUCCCCACAUUCAGAUGAAUCCCUAUCCUGUUCCAGAAUACCUCGAUAAUGUGCCCACUUGUUCUGGUAUCCCGUACGGGAUGUCACUGCCCCCUGAAAAGCCGGUCACAACGUGGUUAGACAGCAAACCUGUUCUGCCGACCAUUCCAACUUCCAUUGGGCUCCAGCUGCCCCCCACGAUCCCUGGUGUGAACAGUUACGGAGAUUCUCCAAGCAUCACUCCCAUGAGCAGGUCACCUCAGAGGCCUUCUCCUGCUUCCAGCGAAUGCACUUCCUUAUCUCCAAGCCUCAACACAUCUGAGUCAGGUGUUCCAGUGUCUGCUGAAUCCCCGCAGCCCGUUCAGAGCAGCUCGUCCCUGACCAAGGCAGAACCCAUCAGUCUGCCUCCCGCAAGUACGCGGCUUGGGGACCACUCCGUAAGUGGACAAGUUUCCACAGCUUCCACGUCUUCAAUUCCAACCAUUGUUACGGACAGCAGUGUUUCGACAAGCCUCCCAAACCCUGUGCUUCCAACAAUGUCUGACCAGUUUAAGGCAAAGUUUCCAUUUGGUGGUCUGCUAGAUUCUAUGCAAACAUCAGAAACCUCAAAACUACAGCAGCUAGUAGAGAACAUUGAUAAGAAGAUGACAGAUCCAAAUCAAUGCGUCAUUUGUCACCGUGUGCUUAGUUGUCAGAGUGCUCUCAAGAUGCAUUACAGAACACAUACAGGAGAAAGACCAUUUAAAUGCAAAAUUUGUGGACGUGCCUUUACUACCAAAGGCAAUCUAAAAACGCAUUUUGGAGUUCAUCGAGCAAAGCCACCACUUAGAGUACAGCACUCAUGUCCCAUUUGUCAGAAGAAAUUUACAAACGCAGUUGUUCUUCAGCAGCAUAUUCGUAUGCAUAUGGGCGGGCAGAUUCCAAACACGCCAUUACCAGAGGGCUUCCAGGAUGCCAUGGACUCAGAACUCUCCUAUGACGAGAAGAACAUUGACACAUUGAGCAACUUCGAUGAUGACAUUGAUGAAAAUUCUAUGGAAGAGGACCCAGAGUUAAAGGACAUGGCAAGCGACUCAGCAAAACCCCUUAUCUCUUACUCUGGGUCAUGUCCUUCCUCACCGCCUUCUGUGAUCUCCAGUAUCGCUGCUUUGGAGAAUCAAAUGAAAAUGAUUGAUUCUGUCAUGAACUGUCAGCAGCUGACCAGUUUAAAAUCCAUAGAAAACGGAUCAGGGGAAAGUGACCAUUUGAGCAAUGACUCCUCAUCGGCUGUUGGUGAUCUCGAAAGCCAGAGUGCAGGCAGCCCUGCAAUGUCAGAGUCUUCUUCCUCCAUGCAAGCUUUGUCUCCUGUAAAUAGUAACAGUGAAAGUUUUAGAUCAAAGUCCCCGGGUCUCAGCAACCAGGAAGAACCACAAGAAAUACAAUUAAAGACUGAAAAACCAGACAGCCCACCACCUGCAACUGAAAAUGGAGGCGCGUUAGAUCUGACAUCCACCAACCCUGGAAGACCGGUCAUCAAAGAGGAGGCUCCUUUUAGCCUGCUGUUCCUGAACAGAGAACGUGGUCCCAGCCAAAGUACUCCUAGCCUGGUCACCAGUACAGCGCCUACCAUGAUCAAAAUGGAAGUGAAUGGUCACAGCAAGCCGAUCUCUUUGGGUGAGGUUCCCUCGCUUCCAGCUGGAAUCCAGGUUCCUGCUGCACCACAGACAGUGAUGAGUCCGGGGAUCACCCCCAUGCUGGCACCCCCCCCUCGCCGCACUCCCAAGCAGCACAACUGUCAGUCUUGUGGGAAGACCUUCUCCUCAGCAAGCGCACUGCAGAUACACGAGCGCACCCAUACUGGUGAAAAACCGUUUGGUUGCACAAUCUGUGGUAGAGCUUUUACCACAAAGGGGAAUCUUAAGGUUCACAUGGGAACGCACAUGUGGAAUAAUGCACCUGCACGCCGUGGCCGUCGCCUCUCCGUGGAAAACCCCAUGGCUUUGCUGGGUGGUGAUGCACUGAAGUUCUCUGAAAUGUUCCAGAAGGAUUUGGCAGCUCGGGCCAUGAACGUUGACCCCAGUUUUUGGAACCAAUAUGCUGCAGCUAUCACAAAUGGACUUGCCAUGAAGAACAAUGAGAUUUCUGUCAUACAGAACGGAGGCAUUCCCCAACUCCCAGUAAGUCUUGGUGGAGGUGCCAUCCCACCUCUAAGCAACCUUACCAGUGGCAUGGACAAAGCUCGCACAGGCAGCAGCCCUCCCAUUGUUGGCUUGGACAAAGCAAGUUCUGAAACUGGAGCCAGUCGUCCAUUCACCAGAUUUAUUGAGGAUAACAAAGAGAUUGGCAUAAAUUAA